AGUGGGCGAGUUCGUGAAGAGUUUGCACCGAAGCGCCUCCGUGGAGCUAGCUGCCGUCUGCUUGUGUAUGCAUUGUUGCUUCGUGUUUAUGGUGCUGACAAAAUACAGAUCAUAACUCGUCGUCAGUUAAACUUCAUAAUCACAGAUCGGAUCUGGGCUCAACAGACAGUGUAUGCCCUGUGGCCGAUGGUUUUUAUUUAUACCGUGAUAUCCUUACUGCAUAAGGAGUCCUGACAACUUCGACGAGGAGAAUAAUCAGUUGUGUCUUUGAUUGUCGAGCUGUGCUCUACAAACUAUUUUGGAGGACUGCCUGCAUCCCAGACAUUUCGUUUCCAGGUCUUAGGAGUUUAUAAAGUGUCGUCUGUAAGGCUUGGCACCUCAUCCUUGGAUAAUUUGUCGGCAUCACCGGGAGUCAUGUCAACUAUACAGUACGCCAUGCCAAGCAGCGGGCCAGGUACGGGUGGUUUGGGGAUGGUGAACCACCCCAGUCCCCUGGUCGCUCCUACUCCUAUACAACAAUUACCCAGCUUGGCCGGGCACCCUCACAACUUUCUCACCCACUCUCAUUCACCCUCACAUCCCAAUCCUCCACAUACGUCAUUUUCUAUUGAAAAUAUCUUGGGACAAAAUAGAGCGGCAAACAUUCAAAAUAUCACAUCUCUCUCGCUCGCGACUCACCCUACGACGCCGACAAGGCCUACGCCCACGUUCCCGGGGCAUUCGUUCGGACCGUCGCCGUACGGACAGCCUCAGCAUCCGACCGGAGCUUACUACGAUCCCGCCGCCUUACCUGGAGGGCUGGCUGCCUCCGCACCACUGGCAUACAGUACGACUGGAUUUACCUCACCCACAGCUCUGUAUCCGUACAGCAGGAAUGAUUACCCUCACUCAUUCCUAGACAGAGUCGAUCACUUCUCAAAAGUUUCAGGGAAACCUUUCUUGUGGAACCCGUUCAUCCAGAGACCGCUCCACAAACGCAAAGGAGGCCAGGUCCGAUUCUCCAACGAUCAGACGAUGGAGCUGGAGAAGAAGUUUGAAAACCAGAAAUACCUCUCCCCGCCCGAAAGAAAAAAGCUCGCCAAGGUUCUCCAGCUCAGUGAAAGACAGGUGAAGACAUGGUUCCAGAACAGGAGAGCUAAAUGGAGGCGAUUAAAACAGGAAGUACCGACGGGAAAGGGAGAGGGCGAUGAGAGGGAGGAUGAGAUCAAGGCGCAUCAGCCAAACCAACAGACAUCUCACAAUCCUCUGGGCGAUAACAGGAAUGGUUCCCUGACCGACCUCGAGGACGAUCGACGAGACGCACCGUACUAUCGGAUCCCGAACGGGGACUCUCUCGACCAUGACAGUGACUAUGACCGAGAUGCUUGAUAAAAGGUAUCUGCAGAGACUUGUGGCUUUUCUUGUUGCUUGAAGUGCUCAGAGCCAUGUGUGCCAUGCUGUACGUAGAACUCCUCGUCCUAUUCUGUAGACAACAGGCACCUCCGAUGCAACUUUUACCUCUGUCAAGUUCUGUCGCCGCCCUGUAGACGUGAAACGUGCUUCAUCGCGCUCCAGCUGUGACGCCGCGGCUCUACUUUUAUGAACUUCGAGUUUGACUGCUUGAACUUUGCUGAUUGAAUGCGACUUGUGGAUGACGUGAAGCGCCAUCUUGCUCAAAGCAUGUUUAGAUAUCAGGUGACGUUAGUCAUGUGACUUCCUCGAGGCUCCUGGGCAGCCAUGUUCCGUAGAGACCCAGGGUGAUCAUAAUGCACCAAUCUUCUUCGGUUCCAUUCUGCAUGAUGUGCACUUUCAACAGCACGACAAAAAAUGAACUACAUGUUACGGCCACACAGCGAGAACAGUUGAACACAUCUAAGAGUAAAAUGAAGAAAACGACAAUCGUCACCUCAGAAAACACCUCUUAACGCCAUCUUUUGUAAAUCAUCAUGAAAUUUAUGACUACCGAUCCCAAAUCAGUUGCAAAAUGUGAUGAAAAUGAACAUAAGAAAAGAUUAUUCAAACUCAAUACCCCCACGGUGGCUGAUGCUCGCUGAACACAUGGCGUCAAUUGCCUAGCGCAGGACUGCGUCAACGACUGACGCUUUGGGGUUGUGUGAGAAGGACUAAUACUAAAUGAAAUGUGAAAUCAUGUUUCAUUACCUGCGUAUGAGCCAUAUGUCUUCAGAAGCUUAGGUGUCACAGCCAGGUAAUACUGCAAUCGAAGCAAUGCCCCGUGUGCUCCGGCCAUACAGUACAGCACUGAACCCCUUCACUCCCUCCAUGUAGCCGAUCUAUGAACGCACCGCUACCUACCGAAGAAGAGGAGAUUAUUAACGUAAUGAAUACAGUUUAUGAUUAUAUACAGCUCUCGUUGCAAAUGAGACCAUUUAAAUCCUCAUGUGACUUUUCUGGAUUAGAAAUUUAGGUUGAGCUACAUUCCUUUGUUAUGCAACCAAAAUGCUAGAAAUAGGAUUUGAAAAUGCUUGAGUAAUAACAUUAUUCUUUUUUUCCUCUAAUUAUCUGACACGUUCAACAUUAAUUUGAUGGAAUUUUAUUUCUUAAAUAUCUAUCCUGCGAUCUUGUACUUGGGUAUUUUUCUUAAGGCAAAACCGAAGAACAAGCGUUUGUCCACUUAUUAUUUUGGUAUUUUUGUGUUUUCUCUCACCACUCUUUUUUCAAAAAUAUCAUAAAGAUAUUUCUAGAUAUCGAAUCAGCAUGACGAAUACAACUUCGUCGUGCCGAUGAAAUCGUCUCUAAGUCUAAUUUAAGAUAUUUAAGGCUUUUUCUUACUUUUUAAAAUAUUUCAAAUACCUAUUUUGUCAUAUUCUUUUUAACCACGCUGUAACGUUUAAGUCCAAAAACCAAUUUGUUGGCAAAGUCAAGACGUCUCAUUAAUAAUUUCAAAUUGUAAGCUCGCCUAAUUUCUUAUGACGUGAAACACCACGCAACGGAGAGAGGCAAGUUAAGGAAAAGGUGAAGGGAGGGAGGCGUUUGAAUGGGGAGGGGUAUUUCAUGAUGAUUACCAUAGUAAAAGGAAAGUGCAUUAUGCAUAGAUCAUUGUGAUAAAUUUAUAUUAGCACCUUGAAAAUUGUCAAAAUGUUAUUUGUAUGUGUCACACGUACGGUCGGCUUUGAGCUGAAAAAUCUGUUGAAAAACGAAAUAUUUGUCUUAGGUAGACCAUUGUUGAUGUAGAUGUUUCUAAAGUAUCCACAUUGUAAAAUAAAACUGUAGUUGAGAUUAAAGGAAUUCAUUUCCUAAGGAUCUUCUAGAAUUUCGUUUUCAACAUCUGUAUUUUCUAUUUUCUCGCCGAUAUGGAUUUAUGAAAAAUACGAAGUUUGCAAUGCCAGGGGUCUGUAUUUCAAAUCCCACGCACAACAGACCAUAACGCAUGACUUGAUAUUUUCGGUAAAAGAAGUGCCAGAUUUUAAAAGUAUGCGCUUCUUGUAUUUUCCCGUACACGCACCACGUAAAUAUCAUUGGACACGGGUAAUUGUUGACUCUUAAAAUGAACUUAUUUAAUUUCAGUGAUACGAAAACGAAUGUUUGUUGAAGGAGGAGUAACCACGUUAUUCUUUUAGAUCAUGAAUACGAUUUCUGCUACAAAAAAUAGCUUAUUGGAUCAAGCCCUUAGAUUUCAAUUCGGAGGUAGUCUAUUGCGUCUCAAUUAACCACGCCAAAUAAUUAUAACAAAAAUUAUCUCAUGGUAUAAAAGUUGCAGAAGGGAUACGACGGCGUUUUCUUUCCCCCAAUUUUGCAGAGUUAAAAAUCUCCGUGUUCACUAAAAUCUCAAUGUGCCAUUCACUUCACGUUCCUUAACAUCAGUCGUGUUCACUGUUAUAAAAUGUCCUAGUAUUUCUGUACAAAAGCUGCUUUGUAAGAUAAAAAAAUAUAAUGUCAUUGUGAAUCUCUGAAAGAAAAUGAUCGAUGAGAACGAUGGGCGGGUGCAACGACGGACAACGUAAUCUACUGUAAAAUCUGAUUGUUUUUGUACAGUGAACACUUGGUACUAUAUCACACAAUGAUGUUUGUUUCAAUAAAUAAUUGAAGAAAAUAUGAAGGCUGGUGAUGGUAUGGCUGAUUUCUUGUUGUAUUGAAUUCAGAGUCGCAGUCCUAUUGAUAGCGAUAACCCUAACUUUUAAACUCGUUCAAAAACGGUCUCCUAAA